AGUUCUUCCAUAGAAAGGAGUGAUCUAUCCCAAAUUCAGCACGAUUUCUGGGCUUGGUCCUGUGAUGUGUGUGACCAUGGACAGUGGAAUAAAACUAUAUGCUCAGUGAAAGCAACCAAAGGAAUUUGGGCAACACAGAAAAAAUUAAAUAUGAUGAAGAAUGAAGAAACGAGUUUUAAUGUGGACAGUACACGAGCCUCUCCCUUUUCCUGCUGCCUGCAGCCACUGAGCCCUGUUACAAAGCCACAAAGAAUGACUCCAUUUGGUGAAGAAUUCAGACCACACCCCUCACAUUUCCACUAUGGCCAUCCUCCUCUUGGAGACAUGGAAACUUUCCAAGGGUCCUUGGAAGGAGGGUCUCGGAAACGCAAGAGCAUGCCAACAAAAAUUCCACCUUCUAUCACUCUUGAGGGUUCCUCAUCACCACCAGACAGACCUGAAGAUCACAAUGAUAUAGGCUCUUCCAGUCUCCCCAUGGUGUUUCAACAGCCAGCACAGCACAAAUACAGUUCUCAGAUGAUCGACCUCUGCAACUUUGGUUUUCAGUUCUACAGAACUCUGGAGCACUUUGGAGCCAAGCCCAUUAAGCAAGAACCAGUGAAGCCUAAGAUGGCAUGGCCCAGUAGCCCAGCAUUCAUGCAGGCUCCUCACCCUUAUUAUCCUAAAGUCCAUCCUGGCUUAAUGUUUCCUUUUAUUGUGCCCCCAAACUUUCAUUUCAGGAACCCCUUUCAAAUGAAAAGGCCUCCAGAGCCACCCUUCAGGAGGGCUGAAGUAAGAGGAUGUGGUGAAAAUAAACAGAAAGUGGAAAGAGUAGAUGUCAACCUUCAGAUAGACGACAGCUACUAUGUUGAUGUGGGGGGUGUACAGAAACGCUGGCAAUGUCCCAUGUGUGAGAAGUCCUAUACAUCCAAGUACAAUUUGGUCACCCAUAUCUUGGGGCACAGUGGCAUUAAGCCACAUGCUUGUAUCCGAUGUGGCAAACUUUUCAAGCAGCUGAGCCACUUGCACACGCAUAUGUUGACACACCAGGGCACUAGGCCACAUAAGUGCCAGGUGUGCCACAAGGCUUUCACUCAAACCAGUCAUCUUAAGAGACACAUGAUGCAACACAGUGACAUCAAGCCUUACAACUGCAGGAUCUGUGGCAGAGGUUUUGCCUAUCCCAGUGAGCUGAAAGCACACGAGUCUAAGCACGAGAAUGGCCCAGAGAACAUUUGCGUGGAGUGUGGUCUGGACUUCCCAACCUUGGCCCAGCUGAAAAGACACUUAACAACCCACCGUGGCCCCAUACAGUACAAUUGCACUGAAUGCGAUAAGACCUUCCAGUACCCGAGUCAGCUGCAAAACCACAUGAUGAAGCACAAAGACAUCCGUCCGUAUAUCUGCACUGAAUGUGGCAUGGAGUUUGUGCAGCCUCACCAUCUCAAACAACACUCCCUAACUCACAAGGGUGUGAAAGAGCACAAAUGUGGAAUUUGUGGCCGGGAAUUUACUCUGCUGGCCAACAUGAAGCGACAUGUCCUGAUCCACACCAAUAUCAGAGCCUAUCAAUGCCAUUUGUGCUUCAAGAGCUUUGUGCAAAAGCAGACUCUCAAGGCUCACAUGAUUGUUCACUCUGAUGUUAAACCCUUUAAAUGCAAGCUGUGUGGAAAGGAAUUUAACAGAAUGCACAAUUUAAUGGGACACAUGCACUUGCACUCAGACAGUAAGCCUUUCAAAUGCCUCUACUGUCCCAGCAAAUUCACCUUGAAGGGGAACCUAACCAGGCACAUGAAAGUCAAACACAGCAUCAUGGAAAGAGGAUUUCAUUCUCAAGGUUUUAGAAGAAGAAUUUCUCUGUCCCAGGCAAAUGUCUUGAGAAGCUUGGAACAGGAAGAACCCUUUGAUCUUUCCCAGAAAAGCCAAGGGAAGGGAAUCUCAUUUCAUUUGGAUGGCGAGAGUGCCAAGGGAAGCUCAUGCAAGGAAGAGGAAGACAACUGCUAUGAGACAAAGCAUUACAGCCCUGGCAUGUACCAUCAUGACAACAAGCUGUACGUGGCUCAAGAUCUGUCUGGCAAACCUGAGUGCAUGAUGAACUGCAAUGAGAAGGAAGAAAUGCUAAGUGAGGGAGGACUGGAGAAGAGAAUAGGAAAUUCAGACAAACAGGAGAGCCAAGGAGAGAGAGACCUUGUAAACAACAAAGAACACCUCAGCUUUAGAUCCUUUGAAAAGGCCAGACUUAGCCAUUCUCUCUCUGAUUACUUGUAUUUCAAACACAGUAACAAGAGUUUGAAAGAAUUACUGGAAAGAAAAAUGGAAAAACAAACAAUGUUUAUAGGCAUUUAAAUGGACAUUUUAAAACAGCUGGAAAAAUGGAACCAGAUAGCUUUUAGCAUGAACUGUAAUUUACCAAAGCCUGGAAGUUUGUAGUAGUCUUUAGAAAUAAACAAGCCAAAUGAAUAAAAAUAUUUUAAGGUGAAACACAUACAUUAGAAGAAUAAAGCAGUCCAAGGUCACCAAGAAAUGCAAUAGAUAUUGAACACUAACAUUUUUGUACUUAUCCAAUUGAUGUAAAAGCAGACAGUGGGGUGGGUACAGAAGUUUAUUUUCCUUUAUCUGGGAUGGUAGACACUUAUACACAAUUUUCUAGUUAUCAAAAAACAACAUACUUUAGAGUUUGACUUAUUAUCUGACUAAAUAUAUAUGAACAUUUCUAACCAUAGGUCUCAAAAAAUCUGAAAAUGCUAAGUAUUUCACAGUAUAAGCAAGAGUACUGUUAAAUAUGGUGUGCAUGAAAGUGCUGUCACUCCCAGAACUAAAUACUUUCAUUUACUGAAGUUACUGUUUUAGUUCAACCACUUACAAUGAGAAAUGGGAAACAAAUUAAGAAGAAAUGCUAACAUCUUGUAAGAUAGUGAAGUGCAACUCUGCAAGGCUUUGAAAGGACUGGAAUUUGUUAUGGUCACAGAAGCUUUUCCUCUGGCACAAGAGAUGUUCAUGUUUUGCUAUGUUUCAGUCAGUAAGGGAAUAUUCAGCACUUCUUCAAGUGAAAUAGCAUGAACUGCAUUGACAUUUUGUUCUACUGUCUGCUCAGACCAAUACAUUUAAUCAGCAGCAGCAGCAGCAUGUAGCAUUUGCAAGUCUUGCUGUAAUUACACAUAAAGCAAUGAGUCAUUUCAUUCAGAAAAUGAUGUAAUUUUGCUGUUUAUCUGUUCAGUUUAAUUUAGCUAGCAAGGAUGAUUUUGAAAUUUCCAGGUCUGAUCAGAUUUUGUUUUAGAAGGGAUUUUAUUUUACUUUAGAGGUCCCCAGAAUGGCAAUGCUAUUUAGGAAUAAUUUGUAAUGUAAAUCCCUUUUCUUGCAUUCUUCCUAGAAAGUGGAGAAUAUUUCAUUACAAUGAAGCCUUGAGACCAUGCCCGGUCACAUAGUCACACUAAGCUAAUUCACAAGCACCCAUGGAUAAUUCAUGUUAGAGUAGUAAAGAACUCAUCUAAAACUGUAAGUGAUCAGUCAGAGGAAUUGCAAACAAAACUAUUACUGAGAUACUAUUACUGAGAUAAGGAGGCAGUGCCAAGUGACCCAAGCAAAAGGAUUAGAUGAUAGUCCUCCCUACUGCAGAACAUAAUGCAGCUGGGUCUAAGACACUUAUAAAGAGGCCCCAAGGGACAAAUUAAAAGUGAAAUAACAGCCUUCAUUGUGAAGCACCUUGCUUUCCAAACAUAAGUUAUUUUCACACUGUUUACAUUGGCACCAUUUUGGGAACAGACAGUAACAGCCUUGCUUUUGUUUUUUAAUAGCUUUGAAAAUGCUUUAUAGAAAUUUGCUCUCAUAACCAAGUUAUUUCCCAUUUUUGAAGGAUUAGCUUCCUUAUUUUGCUUUGAAUAGAGGCCCAGAAGUCCUGUAGAGACAUUGCCUGUCCCCUGGACUUUGGGACACUAAUUUUCUUUUUUCCUCCUUCCUAAUCUGUUUAUCUACCUUUUUCUUGCAAUGUUGUGGAAAAAAAAGUAUCUAUCUGACUCUUCUCUGUUAUUUGGGUUUUCAGCUUGUGAUAAAACAUUAAAUUAAAGACCAGUCUCCACCACGUCUAUAUUAAAUCACAUCCAUACCAUUUCCCUGCAUUAUUACAUGAAGCCUAACUUCAUCCUCUUGGAGAGCAUCAGAGCAAAUAAGAGUGACCACAAACUCAUAAAACUGAGAUGCUUUCCAAACCAGAUGCUCAAGAAGUCUUGCUGAGGAAUGGUAAAUUGGCAACUCUAUAAUGAGCCUGGGCAAGUGAAGGCACUUGGUUUGUUAAAUUAGAGGCUUUUCUGCUGUAAAGGGCAGCAGAGAGAAUUCUGCAAGACACUACAGAACAGAGUAGGUGGAUGAAAAGUCAAAAGUUGGGUUAAUAAAAUUUGAGGGUAAAGAAAUAUGAUGUAUUUACUGAGAAAGUGAAGUUGUAGGUAAUCUUGGACUGAGCU